AGACCAAUGAAGGGUGCGGUGCGUGAGUGACGCGAUCGGCGUCUGACGUAAGCGGAAGAGACUGCUUGGUUUCGUCCCGACCGGUCGUGGGAUUCGCUUGCGGAAGUGGCGAAGGGCUCUGAACUUUUUGUUGUUGUCGCCGCCUUCUGCUCUCCCCCCCCCCCAGUCUCGCGCGUGGCGGAGGGUUUUUGGAUUUCGGCGGAUCGUCUGUUAGGGGAGUCUCCUUUCGGCCUCUUUGGUCCAGUCUCCUCUCCGUCAGCCCCGCCCAUCAUGGCGGCCACGUCCAACCUGCAGAAAGCAAUAGACCUUGCUAGUAAGGCAGCGCAAGAAGAUAAAGCAGGAAACUUUGAAGAAGCCCUCCGCUUGUAUCAGCAUGCUGUGCAGUAUUUUCUCCAUGUUGUCAAAUAUGAAGCACAGGGUGAUAAAGCAAAACAAAGCAUCAGAGCAAAGUGUACUGAGUAUCUGGACAGAGCAGAAAAGCUGAAGGAAUAUCUGAAAAAGAAAGAAAAAGCUCCCCCAAAGCCAGUGAAAGAAUCUGGUCCAGCUGAUGAAAAAGGGAAUGAAAGUGAUGGGGAAGGGGAGUCAGAUGAUCCUGAGAAAAAGAAGCUGCAAAAUCAACUUCAAGGUGCCAUUGUCAUGGAGCGGCCCAAUGUCAAGUGGAAUGAUGUUGCUGGCCUAGAGGGAGCAAAAGAAGCUCUCAAAGAAGCAGUAAUAUUGCCUAUUAAAUUUCCUCAUCUUUUCACAGGGAAGAGAACCCCUUGGAGAGGGAUCCUUCUAUUUGGACCCCCAGGAACAGGAAAAUCCUACUUGGCAAAAGCUGUUGCAACAGAAGCUAAUAAUUCUACAUUCUUCUCUGUAUCUUCUUCUGACCUUGUCUCAAAAUGGUUGGGGGAGAGUGAAAAGCUAGUGAAGAAUCUGUUCCAGCUUGCCAGAGAAAAUAAGCCUUCGAUUAUUUUCAUUGAUGAAAUAGAUUCUUUGUGUGGUUCCAGAAGUGAAAAUGAAAGUGAGGCUGCCAGACGGAUUAAAACAGAGUUUUUAGUUCAGAUGCAAGGAGUUGGAGUCGACAAUGAUGGGAUUUUGGUUCUGGGAGCUACAAACAUACCUUGGGUACUAGAUUCUGCCAUUAGAAGAAGAUUUGAGAAGCGCAUCUACAUUCCCUUACCUGAAGACCAUGCAAGAACUGCAAUGUUUAAGCUUCAUCUUGGGACUACUCCACACAGCUUGACUGAAACAGAUUUUCGAGAACUUGGAAAACGAACUGAUGGCUACUCUGGUGCUGAUAUAAGCAUAAUCGUACGAGAUGCCCUAAUGCAGCCUGUUAGGAAAGUUCAAUCAGCUACACACUUCAAAAAAGUGACUGGACCAUCAUUGACUGAUCCUAAUGUUAUAGUAGAUAUGCUUACUCCAUGCUCUCCAGGAGAACCCAAUGCUAUUGAAAUGACGUGGAUGGAUGUGCCAGGGGAUAAACUACUGGAAGCUGUUGUUUCCAUGGCUGAUAUGCUGAGGUCAUUAGCCAGCACAAAACCCACUGUGAACGAACAAGACCUGCAGAAACUAAGGAAGUUCACAGAAGACUUUGGACAAGAAGGCUAAUCCAAGGACUACUGUGAUCCUCAACUUCCUUUCUUUGGAAUUCUUGUCUCUCUUUUGCCAGUAAAUCACUCCUUCCUUUCUUUCCAUAUGGGACUGAAGAGCCAUUUACAAGGACCCUUGAGCUUUUGUAAUAUCACUUUCCAGAAAUAUCUAUUGUCUUCUGCGAGCAUGAUAUUAGGACCUUAUGGUAAAGAAAAAGGAGAGCAUGUGGUAAAUAUGUUCAAAAAUUUGGCUGCCCAUUCAGGUUUAAUUGUUUUUAUGAGUUAAGAUUUUAGGCAAUAUAUCCUAGUCUGAGUUUAUAAAUAUUUAAAUGAAAUAUUUAUAAACUCAUAUGCCUAAAAAGAAUGGACUUAAAGGGGUGUGUUAAAUUGCCAAGAGUUUUCAGUUUCAUUCAAUUUACCUUCAAAAUGAUUGCUUCCUUCUGAAUUAUGCAAAAGAAUUCGGUAAUACAUGUGGUUGAACAGGAGUUUACUAUAAAGUAUAGCAAAGGAAGAUAAAGUUAGGAGUGAGACAGGAAGGAUUUGCAUUUUUUAAAAGGCCAGUACUUACUGAGUACAAUACCAAGCUGGUACUUUGUUUGGGGUGUUUUUCCUGCUGUAUGGUAUUUAGACAUUGCCUUAAAAGCAGCACGCAUUGUUCUUAACUCAUCAAUAGACACCUGUCACUGUGCAGUCUACCAGAGGAGAGACUCAAUGUAUAUAUUGUGGAGGAGACUUUCACUUUCUCUCUGUUUUCAUCCAGCUUUAUUCUCUGUAAGCAUUUAUACCAAACAUAGAACAUACUCAGUUUCAUAAACAUCUAUGACCAAGUCUGCAAGCAGAGUUGUAGCCAGUCAUUGGUUGGUGGAGGAGAAGGUAAUCCUGGACUUAACCUUCUUUUCAAAACAACUUUGAGAUGAACUGAAAGGCCUAGUGAACAUCUUUGUGUUGCCAAGGGAAGUUGCUUUUACUCAAGGUAACAUUUAAAACAUUUAGUUUUAGUCUAAUAUUUUGAAAAAGGGGUGGCAUUUCUCUAAAUACAGUAUAACAGUAGCAUAGGUUAUUGUUUGAAGGCCUUUGCUAAGAAUUAUGCAUCUUAGAGAAGUGCCUGAAUGUAACUUACAAUACUACAGUGUCAGCACUGAGUUUGUGCCUUGUAAGUUUGCCCUGGUUGUAUCAUGCUAGUCUCAGUAAUGUAACACAUAGCAUUAUUGCUGUAGAACUGUACCCUGUAGAUGUUCAGUGCAUCCCACACUUUCAUGUUAAGUACUGUAUGGUCAUCUUCCCAUGGGCUUUGGUUUUCUUUUGAUGUACAUAUUUUGUGUGCUUUCUGAAAUCAUAGGAUUGGUGGAAAUUUGUCUCUUAAUGAAGUAAAAAGUUGCAAUACAACACCAGAUUCUGUUUUCUAGAAUUUUUUUCAGAAUUCAAAUAUACUUUAUAUAUUGUCAAAACCUUUUUCUCAUUGUAAUGUCUAUGUAUGUAGAAUAUUUUGCUCCAGAUGACGCCAAGUGGUAUUCCAAAAUCUGGUGCAAGAGGAACUUCUUGAACACAUCCUUGAAAUUGCACUGUAUUUUUAAAAAUCAUUCCUUGCUGCAAUGUUUCAUUUUAAUAUUUAUGGCAUUGAAACUUUUUCAAAGCACUAAGAAUCCUUGUUCUAUAUGCAUUGGGCUAGUUCAGCUGUCCCACAGAACUAUGGUUAAAGCCUGGUUGCAUGAUGUGUCUGAGCCUUGAGAGUGUGCACUCUCCUGUUCCAUGCCUGUGUGAGCAUCUACUUCGGAUUUAAGUUACAAUAAACCAAGAUCAGUCGUGAUGUUAGAACUGACCAAUCUUGGUCUGUUCUGACCUACUUAUCUGAAAUAACCUGCAAUUUAUAACGAGGGUUCAAAGUAAAUUACAAGUUUAUUUCAAGUAAAGUAAGAUGGAAUAAACCAAGAUCAGUUGGUAAAGACAUCACAACCAAUCUUGGUUUAUUGUAACCUAAACUGUAAGUAGAUUGGGAGGGGGAAAUGUGGGUUCUCAAGGCUCAGAGGUGUCUCACAGACCCAAGCUUUAACUUUGGCCCAUUGUGUCCACCCAGCAUUUUCCCCAUUUCUUACAGCUGUGCUUCUGAUGCCUGCUAUCAAAAAUGUAAAUCCUCAAAAGAGCUACAGACUGAAUCUUGAUUGCAUCCCAAGUGUGGUCUCACCUUCUGUUACUAUUGGACUUGCACUCUUAACAAUUGGCACUUCUAUCAUGGGGGCUCUAAGUCACCAUCAGAGCUCUUCUGUAAUGGUAUAAAUUCCAAAAUAAAUGUGGUGUUCUAAUUCUA